AUGGUGGAAGCUGAAGAGUUAAAUGAAGUGUACGCUAUCAAGAGAGCUAAUCCGGAGGUCCCCGAGGUCUUAAAUGCUAACAAUCGUGUCGCUAAGAAGAAGCGAGUAUCGCCAGCAGGGCAAACUGUAUCCAAAGAAAUCACGAUGAAGGAACCAAGACCGACAAGAAAGGCUCGUGUGUUGAAGGUGCCAACCAAAUCAUUAAACGUGUGGAACAAGCUUUCUGAACUGGAUUCUGGUUUAUCCAUCUUGGACUGGGUUGCGAUUGACAAGGACGCUGCUAAGGAUUUCGUGGAUGGUCUUCGUGAUCUACGGAAGCAAAGGCCAAAGCGUACUAAACGGCACUUGAUGGAGAUGGAUGGUGGCAGCAAGGAACCUCCAAACAAAAUCAAUGUUGUCCAACAUGCUGCUGAUUCUUAUGUCUCUGAGGCUUCUUCAUAUUACGACUCUGACCCAUCUAGUGAUGGUGACUCCAUGGCAUCUUUCAGUUCAGGCACUGAUUCGGAUCUCAAUUUCGAUGACACUCACUCAGUAUAUCGUUAUCCUUACGAUUUAGCAAAAAUGAAAUGGAGUUCCCCUCUCAAGGCUGAAAUAUCGAUCAAUGGAAGGAAGGUGAUUGCUUGUUUCGAUACCGGUGGCUCCAUAAGUGUUAUCUCAAGGUCCUUGUGUGAAUCUCUAGGUAUGGCGUGCAAUGGCGACUCUCUGCAAUUAGUGGGGUUUAACAACGAAUCUGCUGGUGCGCGUGCGGACAUUGUGAUGGAUGUACCAAUUUGCAUCCACGGCAAACACAUAAGGCCAGAGCAUAUGUGCGUCCAAGAUCAAACGAAUGCGGAUCUUCUAAUCUUGGGUAUUCCAUGGUUGCAGGCUUAUGGUGUUGAACUGGACAUUGCGAACUCUAUUAUCAAGGUACCUACCACUUCUGGUCUUGUUAAGUUGCAGGGUUUUACCUCGCACAUUCCAGGUUUGGUGCACGACAAAAGCAAGGAAAUUUACAAGAUUGAACUGGCCAAGAAACAUGCUGCAUCGUUGGAGGAAGAUCUGAUACCGGACACAUUUGAGGAAAUCAAAUAUGACAAGGACAAUAUUGCUGAAGGUGCCCCAGAAUUUCUACAUGAUUUACUAAAUGAAUUUAGCCAUGUCUUCUCUGAAGUGUCGGGUCUGACUAAAAUCAAGGGGCACAAAAUGCGUGUGCAAGUUGUGGAGGGUGCGAAACCUAUCAAGAGUAAAUGUUUUCGUCUGAGCUGGGAAGAUGAAGACGCUCUAAACAAGUACGUGGAUGAAAUGUUGGAACUGGACCUAAUCGAGGAGGCUGAUGGCACUUGGAGUUCUGCUGCGUUCUUGGUUGAGAAAAAGGAUGGCUCUCGGCGUUGUGUAAUCGAUUACAGAAAGGUGAAUAAGUUGAUCGUACAAACAAACUUCCCAACACCAACCGUGGCGGAACUGACUGAACUGACGGCUGGAAUGAAAUAUUUUUCGUGUCUGGAUGCUUCUUCUGGGUACCACCAACUGGAGAUCGAUCCUGAGGAUACUUUGGCUCGUGACCUCACAGGGUUUGUUACAAAGCGUGGGACUUUUCGGUACAAAGUAUUGCCGAUGGGUAUAUCAGUAGGCGGCUCAGAAUUUCAAAGAGCGAUGCACUCUAUUUUUAAGCAUAUGAUUGGUGAAUCAGCUUGCAUUUUCUAUGAUGAUGUCUUAUGCUUUUCUAGAACAAGAGAAGCUCAUGAAGCACACUUACGGGAGCUAUUUGAAGCAGCGGAAAGGGCCAACUUAAAGUUCAAGUGA